UAUUAUCCUCUUUGGUCUGUGCGCGCGAGCAUUCGCAUUUUCCUUGCAGUGCAACGAAUACAGAAGUGAUGGAGGAUGAAGAAAAACUUAUUUAUUUGGUGCAAAUGUACGACUGCCUGUACAAUAUCAAAUCAAGGCAUUACAGCAACAAACAAAUUAAAAAUAACGCUUGGCAAAAAGUGGGCGCUGAAAUGAAUAUGUCUGUGGAGGAUUGCCAAAAGUCUUGGAAGAAAUUACGAGACAGUUAUAGAAAGGGCAUUUUAUUAAGAGAGAUUAGAAGUGGGUCAGCUAGAACAGUAGAACGCCCAUUAAAAUUUGAGAAAGAAUUAGAAUUCAUAAAACCCUUCAUGAAAAGCAGGAAACAAAUUUCAAAUUUAUCAAGUUCGCCAGAAGAUUCAGAUAUUACCACAGAUGGCGAAAAUCAGUAUAUGUCACCAAGACCGCAGUCGCAGCUAUUACCGUCACCACGUCCACAGUCGCAGUUAUCAGCGUCGCCACGGCCACAGUCCCAGCUAUCAACCCGGACCUCUUCAUCCAACGAACAGCCUCUCAAAAUGUCAAAUUUAUUAUUCAAACAAUAUAUUGAAGAAAAGCAAAUAGAACAUGACCCAACCAUUAGUUUUUUCAUAACGAUGGGUCGAACUGUGAAAACAAUGCCUAAAAAUAUUCAAGCCAAAUUAAAGGGCGAAAUUUUCCGCCUUAUAAAUGAAACGGAAAUAAGACUUGCCGAUGACACCAAAGGUCAAAUCAAUCAAAUCACAACAAAGGUCCUCUUCCUCUGAUUCUGUAUUGCGCGUAGAGGAUUACGAAACCAAUAUCGAUACGACAUAUUUUGACUAUUAAAGAACUAUUGCCUAAAUUUUCUUUCUAUUUUUUGUUAGAAUAGUGUAUUUGAACAAUAAAUAACAAUACAAUGGAA